AUGAGUUGUGCUGACUGCAACUUUGUGAGGGAGCAUCACGUCCACGCUAGUUGUUGUGGUAUUGCGAUAAACGACUGGCAGAACUAUCUCAGUGAGAAUUGCCUAUUCACUAAGCAAGGCCUUGACUUCCUCGGUGUUCAACCCGUCAAAAACUCCAGGUUUUUUCCCCUUGUAAAAGACGCAAAGGAAGCAUCUUUGUCUGAAGCGCUACUACACGCGCUAACAACGUGCCACUCCGUGGGCUCACUGGAGGAUCGUCUCGUGGGCAAUGAGGUGGAGGUGCAUCCGGGACUUGAGAUCGAGUUCAUUAAGCGUUACGACUUUGAUCACCACCGCAUGUCUAUGAGCGUGGUGGUGUGCAACCUUAGGACCGGUAACUUUUACGUAUUCUGCAAGGGCUCCUACGAGCGGAUGCAACAGCUAAGCACGCCUGCUAGCGUACCCGAUGACUACAAGAGCGUAGCAGAUCGUUUGGCGAAGGAGGGGUGCUACGUGCUGGGUCUGUCAUACCGCAAGCUACCUAGCGACUGGACGCAAGAGCAGGUGGUGGAAUUUGCCAACAACCGCGAGGCUGUGGAUGAGAGUUUGUCACUCCUCGGUUUGAUCUUGUUCCGUAACGAAUUGAAGGAAGACACAGUUGACGCCAUCGCAAAGCUUAAAGGCGGUGACAUCCGUAUGGUCAUGGUCACGGGUGAUAAUGCAAUAUGCUGGUGGCGUGACGUGGACUCGCACGAGGAGUACGAUUUGUCUACGGUAAAGCACCUGGUCGAGCAAGUUGAGGACGUAGAGCUGGCUGUGACGGGUUCGGCGUUUGAUUACCUCGUGGCUAGGGGCGAGAUCAAGGAACUAUUGCUGAACAUUCGUAUUUUCAGUCGCAUGACACCCGACGGCAAAGUAGAGUGCGUGAAGCUGCAUAUGGAGACAGGGGCAGUGACAGGAAUGUGUGGUGAUGGUGGCAAUGACUGCGGUGCGUUACGUUUCGCUCACGCAGGUGUCGCUCUCAGUGAUGCGGAGGCGUCAGUGGUGUCGCCAUUCACGAGCAGGGAAAAGUCAAUUCAAUCGGUGGUUGAUCUAUGCCGUGAAGGCCGCUGCAGUGUGGCAACAUCUUUCGCAUCUGUAAAGUUUCUCAUCAUGUACGGUCUCAUUGGUUCGGUACUUCGAUUGUUCAUGUACUUUCACGCCAUCAACUUAUCGCAGUGGUGCUGGAUUUUGGUGGAGGGUUUUAUGCUAGUCGGGUGCUCGUACGUCAUUACGCUGUCAAAGCCGCUAGAUGAACUGAAACCUUUUCGCCCGACAUCAAGUCUUAUUGGUCCGACCACGUUGGCCUCGAUCCUCGGCCAGGAGGCAAUCAACGUCAUUUAUAUGAGCUGCUGCAUCCACAUGCUAUCAAGUCAAGUCUGCAACAUGUUGCAGCAUGGGUUUUCAGCUUGGGGUCAUAAAGUGGAGAGACCUCAGGCGGAUUCAGGCGACUUCUCCUACCUGUACCCAGUCGCUUUAUCGGCUAGGAAGCAAGCUUCCCGUUAUGGAAUUAGGUGGCGCAAGACCUGUUGUGUCCACACCCGGAGAGUGUACGUGGUUAAUCAGCUACGGCAAGUCAUGUCUUUUGGAGCUGCCGAGGGUCGCAUUGGAAAAAGUAAGAAUUUCUGUGGCGGUAUCUUGGCACGUUCGAGGAGACAGACAAGCACGUAUGGGUAUUUGGCAUGGAGAUUCCGGGCUAUCCGAGCGCUGCUUGAGACGCGAUUAAGGACGUUUUUGGGCCGCACGGAGACCCGGCAAGAUCUCGUUUUGCUGUGUUUCCAGCUGCGCGCGAGCUGUGGCGUUUCGUAG